AUGGAAAUGGGAACAAUUUGCUCAAAUAAAUAAAAAGAUUAAUAGAAAUAGAGUAAAAAAAUUGUAUUAAUAGAUUUUCAGAUAACACCAAUGAAUAUGAAUGUAUUCUUUUAGAUUAAGAUUCAAACAGAUGGCUGAAGAAACAAUACUCUAUUAAUUAUACUAAAGAUAAGUACUUCAGAUAUUUUUAUUAGGGAUAAUUAAUUAGAAUGUAAAAUAUUUAAUGAUAAUUAUAAUAGGCAAUAAAAAAAUUUUUCUGCUCGACCUGAACUUUUUAGUAAUUUAGAAUAAAUCUAAUAUCUUGAAUGGUUUGGAAAUUAUAAUGAUAAUUUUAAUAAGGUUGCUAAAUGGACAGCAAAUUGGAAUAAAGAAAAAAUCAUAAAAGUAGGUGGAUUUUAUCUAGAAAAUGGAGCAAAGUCAGGGAUAUGGAAAGAAAUAAUUAAUAAUUAUUGUAGGUAUAUGUAGAAAAUGAAUCAAAAUUAGUUAAGCUCUUGUAUAUUAAGUUGGAGAAUUCAUAAACGAUAAAAAACAUGGAAGAUGGUAAUAUAUUUAUAAAAAUGAAAUGAUGUAAUAUAUAAUAUAAAUAAAUUAUUUAGUGGUGGGGGAUUCUAUAAUGAAUUUGGUCAGAAGAAUGGUAAAUGGAUAGAAAUUAGCAAUAGAUUUUAGAAGUAAAUAUGAUUUCGCAUAUUUCUAGCUAGAAUUAAAUCAUUUAUAAAGGUGAAUAUACUAAAUCAGGUAUGAAAGUUGGCAAAUGGGAUAUCAUGUAAUGUAAAAAUAAUGAAAAAUCAUAUAAAUAAAUGUAAAAGUUGAAAUUAUGUUAGUGGUGGAGGAUAAUAUGAUGGGUAAUAAAAAGGGUCAAUAAAGAUUGGGAGUUGGAUUGAAAUAUCAGAUGGAUUUUAGUGGAGGAAUUAAAUCACUUAUAAAGGUGAGUAUAAUAAAUAUGGAGAAAAAUAAGGUAAAUGGGAUAUAUUGCAUAGAUAUGACUAAAACGAGCCCUUCAUUAAGAUGUAAGAUUUAAGAAUAUAUAUAAGUGGGGGUGGAUUAUAUGAUGAGCAGGAAGGAAGUUCAAAGAAAAUAGGUAGAUGGAGUGAGGAAUGGGAAGGAUUUUGGGAUUGUAGUUAAGUCAUUUAUAAUGGUGAAUAUAAUAUGAAAGGUAACAAGAUUGAUCGAUGGGAGACUAUGUAUAAAGGAGAAUAUGAGCAAGAAUAUAAAUAAAUGUAUUAAUUAUAGCUACUUUAGAGGUGGUGGAACUUAUAUUGAAUAAGAUGGAGUGUCAAUAAAGAAAGGAGGAUGGAUUGAGUUAAUAGAUAAUUUCAGGGAUGAGUGUUAAGUCACUUACAAUGGUGAAUAUAAUUUGAAUGGAGAAAAAAAAGGUAGAUGGGAUAUCAAAUAUAGAGAUGACUUUGACAAACCAUUUUAUAAGAUGUAAAAAAGCUUAAAAUUAUGUAAGUGGUGGUGGAUAAUAUAAGGAGAAAGAAGUAGACUCAAAAAAGAUUGGGAGAUGGAUAGAAUUGCUGGAGGGGUUUAAGAAAUCUUCUUAAGUGACUUAUCAAGGUGAAUAUGCUAUGAAUGGUUACAAAAUAGGUAGGUGGAAUAUUGAUUAUGAGGGAAAGAAAAUGUAAAAAUAAUAUUAAGUUAGUGGCGGAGGAUCUUAUAAAGAAUAUGAAGGAAUUUAAGUAAAGAUUGGUAAAUGGAUUGAGUUGUGCGAUAAUUUUGGGGAAUAUUGGUAGUCAUAGUAAAAAAUAAUUUAUGAUGGCCAAUAUAAUGAGGAAGGCAGAAAAGUUGGAACAUGGGUAGAAAUAGAUAUAAAAAAAAAUAAAAAAAUAGGAGAGAUGAAAUAUAAUAUUUGA